AUGGGUUCUCUCUGGGGCCUGGGUCUGCCCCUCUUCUUCUGCUGCUGGGAGGCUGGGGUCUCUGGGAGCUCUGCAGGCCCCAGCACCAGCAGACCAGAGCUUUUGGUGACAACAAACAACAUAGAAGUGACUGCUACCUCAGCGCCUGGCCAUGUCACUUUGGAAACUCAAACCCUGAGGAUCUUAACCCCAGCUGGCACCAUUCCAGAAGCAGAUACCAGGGAAACCAAGACUAUUUCUCUUGCCACAGAGACAAAGACUCUCAAAAAAACAAUACCUUCCAAGUUCAUGGUUGUGAUCAGCUCUCCUAUGGCAACAUCAGCCCCAAGUGGCUGUCCCUCAGAGACUAGGAUGACCACAGUUGAGUCUGUAACAGGCAGUAAAUUUGCUGAAACUAUCUUUGACACCCUCUGUACUGAUGACAGCUCCGAAGAGGCAAGGAGGAUCACAACUGAUGUCUUGACGCUGGCUGACACUGCUGCACAAACUGAGGGCCUGUCCUCAGAGAGCAGCGCCUCUUCUGACAACUCACUCCCAGCCAUCACCACCUCACAAGUCCUGGCAUCUGACGUCAUUACUCCAGCCAAAGCCUUGGUUGUCUCCAGCAUCACCCACAUCGAGGUUACCAAUUGCAGCAUUACAGAAAUGGAGACAACUGCCACUAUCCCUGGGGUCUCAGUCACAGAUCACAGCCCCACAGGAGGGAAGGCCUUGUCCAUCUCUGAGACAUCAGCUUUGCCUGCCUCCACUGAAGCAAAAUCACGCAUUCUCGAGACCACAACCUCUGUUGGCACCUUGUCAACAACCAGCGCCACAGAGCCAGCCACACCUGAUACCACAGUUGAGACCCCACUCCCCACCAAUAGCACCACAGAAAGAGAAACAACAGCCACCAAAGCCACUACCCCCAAUGGAGCUUUGGUGACAGUUAGCAUGAACACCUCAGAAGGAACCUCAGCCCUCUCUGUUGAGACACCAAGCCACACUGAAGUCUCAAGAGCAGUUACAAUCUCCACAGAGGCUGGGUCAACAGCAGGCAAAGCAAUUUCAUCUGCUGGGUCCUCAGCUUUAGUCUACAGCUCCUCAGAAACAGUCAUCAUCAAGAAAUCCACCCCUUCAGAGACUCCUACCACAGACAGUGCAACCCACGGGGACUUCCCCAUCAGCAAGAGCCCUCUUCCUUCUGUCCAUCUGAUUACAGACAACAGCAGCCAAGAAACAAACAUCACCUUAGCCAAGAUCACAACUUCAGCCAAGACCCCAGUGAAGCCUCCAGCAGCCACACCCACCACUGCUCAGACAAGGCAGACCACAAAAGUUACUGCAGAUGAGGAAGAAGGCUUCCUCCUCCUGCGGCUGAGUGUGGCCUCCCCAAUAGACCUCACUGAGCCCAGAGUGGCAGAGAGGCUGAUGCAGCAGCUCCGCCAUGAACUGCAUGCUCAUAAGCCUCCCAUCCAAGUCUCCUUGCUGCAUGUCAGGAGGCGCUAA